GCUGAACUCGCUGUCCGUGGACCCCGACGCCGAGUGCAAGUACGGCCUGUACUUCCGGGACGGCCGGCGCAAGGUGGACUACAUCCUGGGUGUACCAUCACAAGAGGGGCGUCGGGCAGCAGGAACCGUCGGCCAGGGACGGGUCCAGCACGGAGAUGCCCGGCCCGGCAGCCCGCGGCGGCGAGGCAGGACCAGCCCCCCCCGGGAAGGCGGGCCCGGUGGGAGCGGCGGAGCCCGAGCCCCCGCUGGACUACCACGAGGACGACAAGCGGUUCCGCAGGGAGGAGUACGAGGGGAACCUGGUGGAGGCCGGGCUGGAGCUGGAGCGGGACGAGGACACGAAAAUUCAUGGGGUUGGAUUUGUAAAGAUCCACGCGCCUUGGAAUGUGCUGUGCAGGGAGGCUGAGUUUUUGAAACUGAAGAUGCCGACAAAGAAGCUGUAUCACAUCAACGAGACGCGUGGCCUCCUAAAAAAGAUCAACUCUGUGCUCCAGAAGAUCACGGACCCCAUCCAGCCCAGGGUGGCAGAGCACAGACCCCAGACCACCAAGAGGCUCUCCUACCCCUUCUCCCGGGAGAAGCAGCACCUAUUUGACCUGUCUGACAAGGAUUCCUUUUUCGACAGCAAAACCCGGAGCACAAUCGUCUACGAAAUCCUGAAGAGGACAACAUGUACCAAAGCCAAGUACAGCAUGGGGCAAGGAGAGGGAAGAAGGAAGGACUCUGCCCUUUUAAAUAAAAGGCGAAAAUGUGGUAGACACGGCAUCACGAGCCUGCUGGCCAACGGCGUUUAUUCGGCAGCCUACCCCUUGCACGAUGGUGACUAUGACGGGGACAGCGUGGAGUUCAACGACAGGAGGCUCCUGUACGAAGAGUGGGCCAGUUACGGGGUCUUCUACAAGUACCAGCCCAUCGACCUGGUCAGGAAGUAUUUUGGGGAGAAGAUCGGCCUGUACUUCGCCUGGCUGGGCGUGUACACCCAGAUGCUCAUCCCCGCCUCCGUGGUGGGGAUCAUCGUUUUCCUCUACGGAUGGGCCACCGUCGAUGAGAACAUCCCCAGCAUGGAGAUGUGCGACCAGAGACACAACAUCACCAUGUGUCCUCUGUGCGACAAGACCUGCAGCUACUGGAAGAUGAGCUCGGCUUGUGCCACGGCCCGCGCCAGCCACCUCUUCGACAACCCCGCCACCGUCUUCUUCUCCAUCUUCAUGGCCCUCUGGGCCGCCACCUUCAUGGAGCACUGGAAGCGGAAACAGAUGCGACUCAAUUACCGCUGGGACCUCACAGGCUUCGAGGAGGAGGAGGAGGCUGUCAAGGACCAUCCCAGAGCCGAAUAUGAAGCCAGAGUUUUGGAGAAGUCACUGAAGAAAGAAUCCAAAAACAAAGAGCGGUUUUCUGGUCACAGCCUGAAUUCUCGCAGACCUCUGGAGAAGCGCCGGCAUGUUCCGGAGGAGCCAACAAACAAAUGGAGGCAGAGGGUUAAGACAGCCAUGGCGGGGGUGAAAUUGACGGACAAGGUGAAGCUGACCUGGAGAGACCGGUUCCCAGCCUACUUCACCAACUUGGUCUCCAUCAUCUUCAUGAUUGCGGUGACCUUCGCCAUCGUCCUGGGUGUCAUCAUCUACAGAAUCUCCACGGCUGCCGCCUUGGCCAUGAACUCCUCCCCCUCCGUGCGGUCCAACAUCCGGGUCACCGUCACAGCCACCGCGGUCAUCAUCAACCUGGUGGUCAUCAUCCUCCUGGACGAGGUCUACGGCUGCAUAGCCAGGUGGCUCACCAAGAUCGAGGUUCCAAAGACGGAGAAGAGCUUCGAGGAGAGGCUGAUCUUCAAGGCUUUCCUGCUGAAGUUCGUGAAUUCCUACACCCCCAUCUUUUACGUGGCUUUCUUCAAAGGCCGGUUCAUCGGACGCCCGGGCGACUACGUGUACAUUUUCCGGUCUUUCCGCAUGGAAGAGUGCGCGCCGGGCGGCUGCCUGAUGGAGCUCUGCAUCCAGCUGAGCAUCAUCAUGCUGGGGAAGCAGCUCAUCCAGAACAACCUGUUUGAGAUCGGCAUCCCGAAAAUGAAGAAGUUCAUCCGCUACCUGAGGCUGAAGCACCAGAGCCCCUCCGACCGGGACGAGUGCGUGAAGAGGAAGCAGCGGUACGAGGUGGACUACACGCUGGAGCCCUUCGCUGGCCUCACCCCGGAGUACAUGGAGAUGAUCAUCCAGUUCGGCUUUGUCACCCUGUUCGUGGCAUCCUUCCCGCUGGCCCCACUGUUUGCGCUGCUGAACAACAUCAUUGAGAUCCGCCUGGAUGCCAAAAAGUUCGUCACUGAGCUCCGGAGGCCGGUGGCCGUCAGAGCCAAGGACAUCGGGAUCUGGUACAACAUCCUCAGAGGCGUCGGGAAGCUCGCAGUCAUUAUCAACGCAUUCGUGAUCUCCUUCACGUCCGACUUCAUCCCCCGCCUGGUGUACCUGUACAUGUACAGCGAGAACGGGACCAUGCACGGCUUCGUCAACCACACCCUCUCCUCCUUCAACGUCAGCGACUUCCAGAACGGCACGGCCCCCAGCGACCCCCUGGACCUGGGCUACGAGGUGCAGAUCUGCAGGUACAAAGAUUACCGGGAGCCGCCAUGGUCGGAGCACAAGUAUGACAUCUCCAAGGACUUCUGGGCCGUGCUGGCCGCCCGGCUGGCCUUCGUCAUCGUCUUCCAGAACCUGGUCAUGUUCAUGAGCGACUUUGUGGACUGGGUCAUCCCGGACAUCCCGAAAGACAUCAGCCAGCAGAUCCACAAGGAGAAGGUCCUGAUGGUGGAGCUGUUCAUGAGGGAGGAGCAGGGGAAGCGGCAGCUGCUGGACACGUGGAUGGACACGAGCCGCACGCCGGCCGGGCCGUGCGGCAAUCACAGCCCCCCCGCCCGCCCUGACAGCCCUGACAGCCCGGGGGGCGCCCCGUAGCGGCCGGCAGCCCCGGCCACACACACCCUCUCCCGGGGCAGGCGGCGUCUUGCACCCACCUGGCCCGGUGGCUCCUGUGUUUGUUGCAAACCUGGAAGACCACCUUCUGAUAGGACAACAUUUUUUCCAUCUUUUCCUGGUUUUUUUUUCCCUUGUUUUUGCACAAAACCGUUAUGCAGGGAAUUCUGUUAUCUUUAGUAUUCAAGGUUAAUCAAAAUGAUCGCUGGGGACGGGGUGACACACAGUGAGUGCAGGCACUUUGCAGAAGCAAUGCUCGAAGUCUGGGGUCUCCUUGGUGGUGGGAUGUGAGCAGUGACCCCCCCAGAAGUCAUCUUCUUUAAUCCUUCUGAUGCCUUAAGGGAGACGCAAGGUGGCACGCCAAGGCAUGGGCCGAGCUGGCGGGAUAUGUGAGGGAGAACGGGGAAAUGGGUAAGGAGUAAACGAGGUGGACACCAGUUCCGAAAGGCGUCACCUGCCCCUAGGUCGGAAAAGUGAGACUUUUUAUCACCUUUUCCUUCCAUGGGUGCAGAAACCGAGACACUGCUCAGAAAGAAGGGCUCCCUGGCUCCGUCCACUCAGAGGGCCUGGGAGCUUCAAAGUUACUCUUGGAGACCUAGCGGGAUGCUGGUGUCCUGAGUGUAACAGUGACAGCCACCUGCGGGGACCCCAUCGUCCGCCACACGCCUCCCCCAGCACGAGGCAACAGGAAGCCGCGCGGUGAGCGACUCCGGCCUCCGAGGCUUUUCUCCUGGCGGCUUCAGGGUUUCAAGACGUCUUAAGGCUUUGGGGAGAACUUUUGCAGCUUCAGAAUAUUUAUUGGGUUUUUGUAAUCAAUUCUACGGUGGAUUUGAGGGGGUUUUUUUUCUGUAGCUCAAAGGUGGAAGGCAUUUAUUUUAUUAGCUAACCAAAUACCAUUGAGAGGAAUUUAAAAUACGGUUACUACCAAAGAUUUUUAUUAACAAAGGCCUCUAUUUUGAUAAUACCUCUUAUAUUUUUACUUACAGGAAUGUUACUGUUGAACAAUUAUCAUUUUAAAAGCUUGUAAAAAACACAUCUCAUAGGUGAUAAGAAUGAUCUUAUUUGCAGCCAUUCUCCUAACUGACUGUCUGAAGUUUCUCAAGCACCCGGAGAAACAUGAAAGGAACGUCUCACCGAAGGGAGGGAAGGAAACACAAGUGUUUGUCGUGAAUGUGUGGUUGGUGAGACACUGACCUUCCUGUAAGCUGCCAACUAGGAGGGACGUCCGUAGGUGUCGUAGACUUUCGUUUUGGGCUAAAAUCAUGCAAUCUGAUGCUUCUCUUUUGUCUUGUACAGUAAGGAGUUGGAAAUGGGGGGUUUUGUAUAUCAACACUGUACUCAAAAUUAGGUGAUGACCAGAAGAUCCUUUUAUGGAAACCAUUUUUUUUAAAAACAGAAUGUACUCAAAUCCAUAGAGGACCAUGGCUGAACAUUCAUCUAAAUAAAUUUGUAUACACAACACUUUCCUCUCAAA